AUGUCGAAUAGAAUCCUUUGUAAAUUCUUUGCUCACGGUGCAUGCUUAAAAGGGGAAAACUGUGAAUUCUCGCAUGACUGGAAGGAUCCUACAAAUAAUAUUUGCACCUACUACCAGCGAGGAAUCUGCUCUUAUGGAAGCCGAUGCAGGUAUGAACAUGUCAAAGCUUCUCGGCCUCACCCUUCCGCUUCAUCUUCCUCGGGUGUGCCUCGGCCAUCUCCUGCUUCUGCCUCCAACCUUGUUCCCGGUUUGAGCCCAGUUCCCUCAUCAUGUUUAAAACCAGCGUGGGUUUCGGAUUCCCUUCACCAGGAUCCCUUGGACGAGGUCAGCGCCUUUAACCCUGGUUCAGCCAAACCGGAAGAACAACCCAUUUGCUCCUAUGCUGCGGCUGGUGAUUGCCCACGUGGUGAUGACUGCCCUCACAUCCAUGGCAAUAUCUGCCCAACUUGUGGGAAACGUUGCUUGCAUCCUUUCAGACCAGAGGAGAGAGAGGAGCACAAGAAAGCUUGUGAAAAAAAGCAGAAGCAGCUUGAAGCAUUAAAGCUUAGCCAGGAGAUCGAGUGUUGUGUCUGUUUGGAACGUGUCUUGUCUAAGCCAACUCCGUCUGAACGCAAGUUUGGGCUACUCACUGAAUGCGAUCAUGCUUUCUGCAUAGCGUGUAUCAGGAAUUGGCGUAGCAGUUCUCCAUCCACUGGAAUGGAUGUCAAUAGCACACUGAGGGCUUGCCCCAUAUGCCGCAAGUUAUCCUAUUUUGUUGUUCCUAGUGUCAUCUGGUUUUCAGCCCCGGAAGAGAAAAAGGAAAUUAUGGACAACUACAGGGAGAAGCUCAGGUCAAUCGAUUGUAAGCACUUCAAUUUCGGAGAUGGGAGUUGUCCGUUCGGGACAAGUUGCUUCUACAAGCACACUGUGAAGCCAGGGUCAUAUGCAUGGAAAUACCACAGGCCACCACCUCCAAGGCGUCCACGUCCCUCUCGAUCUAACUUCUCAGACAUGGAUACACUUAAUCCGAGGACUCGUCCAAUGAGGAUAUUAGCUACCCAUAUUAAAGUUAUUGUUAAAGUGAGAGACAGUGUUAGGUCAUACAUCAUUAAUAUGCAUGCGUAUCAUGAUGGUCGUUUGGAGGAAGUGGUUUUGCGGCAUUUGGAUGCAGAAGAUGGGCAGACUGUGAUUGCAAAAGAUAUAAGGCUGUCUGACUUCCUUGAGGAUAUGCACAUAUGA